UUGAAAAUAGAGACAUUUCUAACUAAAUCUACAGUAAUGUUAAAAUGUUAAAGUGAGUUAAACUUCACUGGAAAAGAGAAGUUAGGUGCUGACGCUAGUAAUUUAAUGCCUCUAACUUGUCUUUUAAAGCCGUUUCCUUAUGUUCAUGUCAUUUCGUAGUUUUAAUUUUAUUUUGUGCAGAUAGGCUACUAUUUGGAGUUAUUAAAAAAAACGGACUCAACUUCCUACAGUCUGUUAUAAGAAGAAGAAAAUGCACUGAUGACUGGAUCCCCCACCAAAUCCUGUGGAAUAAUGAUCAGCGAAAUUGUCAUAGUGCGCCAUCCUGUUCAUGUGUGUGCACCUGUGAACUAUAAAUUGACCCUGAGUGUCCGUGCUGAGGGCACAGGUAUCCUCAACUACCAGUGGUUCACUGAGGAUGAAAAGGAGCUGCCUGGAGGCACUGAAGCAGACUUGACCAUCACAUCUAAAAAAAAGGAGCAGUAUGUGUGCCGAGUGAAUGACCACUUUUGUAACUGCGUGUUCAGUGACUGGGUGACAGUGAAGGUUUUGGACAUUGACAAAUCAGGAUUGCCAGUACACUGGCAGGGUGAGCUACACAUCGCUGUCAACCCUAAACCCCAGACAGUCCGAAAAGGUUCAAAGCUCACUCUCCAGUGCGCUGCCUUUGGCAUCCCCGCUCCUCACUAUCAGUGGUACAGAAAUGGACGGGCCUUGCUGGACAAGACUAGUGGCACGCUGCAGAUUAACCGUGCAUCAGCCGAACAUGAAGGAUCAUACCUGUGCUCCAUAUCUAACGUGCUACAAGAGACAUGGACUGAACCAGUCCAUGUUGACAUUGUGCAAACUGAUCAUCUUCCUCCAGCAGCAACCACAGCCACUGAUAAAGUUGCCCUACUUAUUGGCAACCUGAAUUACUCUCACCUGGAUGCCUUGAUGGCACCCGUUAUGGAUGUGCAUGAGCUGGCCAACCUCCUGCAGCAGCUCGGCUUCAGAGUGGUUUCCCUGCUGGAUCUCAACAGGGACGAGAUGCUGGCCGCUAUUGACAUGUUCAUUCAGCUCCUUGACAGAGGAGUGUAUGGCCUUUUCUACUAUGCGGGUCAUGGAUAUGAGCAUGCUGGGAGGAAUUACUUGGUCGCUGUUGAUGCUCCACAACCGUACCGACAAGAAAACUGUGUCUGUGUGCAGAGAGUCAUGCUCAGUAUGCAGGAAAGACAGACUGCACUGAGUGUAAUGCUUCUGGAUACCUGCAGAAAAUGGUACAACCAGGAUUGCCUACCUUCAAGCAUUAUGCCAUUGGGACCCAGUGGGAACACUGUUUACGGUUAUGCCACAUGUGAAGAUGCUGUUGCGUAUGAGGUCCAGGACGGUGGGAAAAGUACUGGAAUCUUCACGAAGUACUUGAACACGCACAUCCUACAGACCGAGAAAGUCACACAUGUCUUAGAGAGGGUGUCCGAGGAUCUUGGCAAAGAUCCUCUAGUCACAGGCAAGCAGCAGGUGGAGAUCAAACACACCCUGAAGGAACCUCGAUCCCUUGCAGACCCAGUUCGGACCACAGGCCACACGAGGGAACUACACAUGCGAGAUGCCAGCUGGAGACAAGCAAAUGUGCUACCACGGAAGAAGCAGCAUAUAUUUGUUUGCGGCGUAGAAGUGGAAGUCAGCUUCUCAGCUUUGUUCUCUAAUGUCUUGGUUGCUUUUGCCACCAUAAAGACUACAGGCCCCCGAACCCAGGACUGCACCGUCACCCUGAGUAGCAUACCGCCGAUGGAAGACAUAUUUUCCGGCCCUGGCAAGUCAGAUGAGAUGGACACUCUACUAUUAAGCAAACCUGGUAACCCGGAUUGUAUUCUGCGACUUUGUGCUCUUCAGAAGCUUACGGAAUCGCUGAUCAUCAAGGUGGAUCUACACUAUACUAACAUGGACAAUAAACUGCGGCGCACAGAAAGCCAACUGGUGGACAUAGGAAAGCCUCUGGUGGCGUCCUGUAAACUGCACAGGAGGAAUCAUGCAACAACAGCCAAGAAACAAGAAGGUGCUUCUGCUCAAAAUAUGGGCAACCGUUCAAGCUGCAAACCACGUCUGCACCAGACUAUGGCUGGUCCAUGUCGCCCUUUCACCAGAAAGGCAGAGUGUGCUGCUAAAGUUGCAGUUACAAGAAGCAACGAACCUGAAGAGAACGAUGAAAAUGAACUGCAAGAUUCCACUCAUCGACGUUAGACCUUUCAGGUCCUAUUGUAUAUACUAGUUUAGAAAUGUGAUUCUUUAUAUUGAUAUGAUUAGGAAUUACUCAGUUGCUGAUCCUAUAUCUUACUUGUCUGUGGUUGAUGAUGAAUGAGUGAGGUUUCUUUGGUCUGCGUCACCAGCCUUUAAUUCUUACCUCAACACUGAAGAAACAUUAACACUUACUUUUGCCAACCACUGAUUUCAUCAUAAAUGAUAUACUUAAUAUCACUUUUUCAUCAGUGGCAAGCUGGCUAGCCUAAUUCAUAGAAUAAAGACCAUUACUGUUAUUAAUUUAUCUGAUAAAGACCACUACUUUCCACACUA